UACAACCAGCAAGAAAGGCUUCUGUCAGUGCAUUUAGUGCCAGUACUUUGGUUUCGAAAGAAAACAACAGAUGUUGUGCAAGCAAGCUUAAAGAAGGGAUCACUAGUUGAACAAAUCUGGCUGGAAAAUAGUGUUUCCGUUUUGGUUGUUCCUAUUAUUGUUGCAGUGUAGUACACAUUUCCAAAAGUUGUCUUAGAAGAUCUACACGCCCCGGACAGUGGAAAGACGUGGAUCAGUGAAAUCAAUCCUACAUUACUAGGGCACAUAGUACUUUGAUGACACCUGUCUAAGAGAGAUGUCCGUUCGCAACCCCACUACGCUGAUGUCCAUCACCAAUGAGGAAAGUUUCGAUUUCCUGUUCAAAAUCGUUCUAAUUGGAGACUGCGGGACGGGGAAAACAUGCAUAGUGCAGCGCUUCAAGUCCGGAAAUUUCAUCGAGAGCCACGGGAAUACGAUCGGAGUGGAUUUUUCGAUGAAAGCAGUCACAGUGGAUGGGAAAAAAGUUAAGCUACAAAUCUGGGACACCGCAGGGCAGGAACGUUUCAGGACAAUCACACAGAGUUAUUACAGAUCGGCAAAUGGAGUUAUUAUAGUGUACGACAUCACAAAGCGGUCCUCCUUCCUGAACCUGCAACGAUGGAUCGACGAGGUGCGCCGCUACACCGCUUCCAAUGUGAUGAUAUUCGUCAUCGGGAACAAGUGCGACCUGGACGCCAUACGGGAGGUUGAGUUUGCCGAGGCACAAACCAUGUGCCAGUACAUACCGGAGAUUAUGUUCGUGAUGGAAACGUCGGCCAAGGAUAACCGGAAUAUCGAGGACGCUUUUAUGACACUUGCCACGGAGUUGAAGAGGAGACACGAUAACAUAAGUUCGGAUGAUACAACUGAUGGCAUAACGCUCGGCCAAAGCAUGUCCCUUUCGGUUAGUAAUUGUAGUUUAUGCAGUAAAACGUGAAUGAAUGUGUUAUUUUUAUGGUUGUUGAAUCUCUUCGUGUUAGAGAUGUAGCUUAGUAUCAGACGUAACUGUAUAUAGUAAAAUUAUAUUUUUUAAAUAAUCCAAAAAGGGUAAAAACUAAUAUACAAUAGUUAUGAGAGA